AGAGAAUGCUUAAUGGCGAAGCUUUCUCCAGCCUCUUAUUGCCCGUCACUUUGUAUAUAUAUCUCUAUCCAUCUAUAAAUUAUCUAUAUACAAGCAUAGAAGAGAGUUAGAGAGAGGAGAGAGAGAAACAAGAUGGCGAAUUUCUUUUUGUUGCCUGAGGAUUUGAUUGCGAAAGUGUUGUCGCUGACUAGUCCUCCAGAUGUGGGCAGACUCACCCUGGUGGCCUCCACCGUGAGAUCCGUCGCCGAUUCCGACGCUGUUUGGGAGACGUUGUUGCAGAAGCACUAUCACGGCGUGGUUUCACAAGCUCAGCUGAUUUUAUCGUCCAAGAAACAGCUCUAUUUUAAACUAUGUCCUCUCCUGAUCUCAGGAGGGAAAAAGAGCUUUUGGUUGGAUAAAUGGAGUGGAAAGAAAUGUUACAUGUUAGCUGCAAGAGACCUCAGCAUUAUAUGGGGUGAUACGCCAAGGUUUUGGAAAUGGGAUUUUCUACAAGAGUCCAGGUUUACAGAAGUGGCUGAGCUUGUGAACGUGUGUUGGCUUGAAAUCCGUGGCAAGAUAGAUACUCGCAUGCUGUCUCCGGACACAACCUAUGCAGCUCAUCUAGUGUUCAAGUUGACACCAGAAAUGUACGGAUUUGAACACCGGCCGGUAGAGGGUUGGGUAGGAGUUGGUGGGCGUGGAGGUGAAACAAGAACUGUCUAUUUGGAUCCCCUUGGAGAAAACAGUGACCAGUAUCCUAAGGAAAGAGAAGACGGGUGGUUCGAGAUUGAACUUGGUGAGUUUUUUAACAGGAGUGGAGAAGAUGGGAAACUGGAAGUGUGCUUACAGGAGCUGAAGAGUGGCAUGUGGAAGGGUGGCCUAAUCGUAGAAGGAAUCGAGAUUAGGCCGAAAGAGAAUAAUUGAAGAGUCUGAAGCAAGAUCUUCUUUAAACACACAUCUGUGCAUAAUCCAUCUGCAUUUCUCCUUGUUUGCAGCUUUUUUGGUCAGUUAAUGAAGUUUACCUUUGCCCAGUAGAAAAGUUUGAGUAGCUGUAUUAGUGUUGUAGUGAGUGUAUGGUAUUUCUUGUAAAUAGCUGUUCUGUUAAUGACUGCUGUUUCUAUAAAAUAAAAUCCAAAUCGGUUAAGGCAA